GCGCUUAAAAUGUCAGAUCGAGAACAAUUGGCACAAACCAUGAAAUUUUCUAAGCCAAAAGUUGCAGCACAGAAUUCUGAUCAUUCGACUCAUACGGAGGAAUCAGGAGAUGAAAAUGAUGAAACUUCAAGUGUUGGUAGUGCUUCAACAGCUGACAAUACUUCACGCAGUGAGACACCCACUAAUAGAGGACGUAGACGUGGAAGAGGAAGAUGUCGAUAUCGGCACUGUAAGCUAGCAUUCAAAUGUUCAACAUAUGUGAAGGAAGAUCAUAAGCAACCACUAUUUGGAGUUCAGUUUAACCAUCAUCUCCCUGAAGGACAAGAUGUUUUUGCAACUGUUGGAGGAAAUAGGGUAACAAUCUACGAAUGCACUGAGGGUUGUAGUUUGAAGUUGCUUCAGUCAUACUCAGACCCUGAUCCUGAUGAAAAUUACUAUACUUGUGCUUGGUCUUAUGAUGAUGUGACACGCUACCCUCUCUUGGCUGUCGGAGGAGUACGUGGGGUGAUAAGGAUAAUAAGUCCUGUUCCCAUGCAGUGUAUAAAACAUUUUAUUGGACAUGGAAAUGCAGUGAAUGAACUGAGGUUUCAUCCAACAGAUUGUAAUCUUCUGUUGUCAGUUAGCAAAGAUCAUGCUCUAAGACUCUGGAACAUUAAAACAGAUCAAUGCAUUGCCAUUUUUGGAGGUGUGGAAGGUCACAGAGAUGAAGUACUUAGUGCUGAUUUUGAUCUUCUUGGACAGAAGAUAUUGUCCUGUGGGAUGGAUCACUCUCUAAAAUUGUGGAGGCUGGAUACCGAAAUACUUCAGAAAGCUGUUAGUGACUCUUACUGUUAUAAUCCAGGCAAGACCUACAGGCCUUUUGAAACAGUUAAACAGCAUUUCCCAAAUUUUACAACAAGGGACAUCCAUAGAAACUAUGUAGAUUGUGUCAGAUGGCUUGGAAAUUUUGUCCUUUCAAAGUCUUGUGAGAACUGCAUUGUCUGUUGGAAGCCAGGACUUUUAGAACAGCGAGAAGUGAAAAACACAGAUACUAAUGUAACCAUUCUCCAUCGCUUUGAGUACAAGGAAUGUGAAAUCUGGUUCAUGAGAUUCUCCAUGGAUUUUCAACUGAAGACAAAAAUACUGAUAUAUUUUUGUUGUUUUUUUAGAUGUACAGUUCUAACUCACCCUAAAUGUACAGCAGCCAUCCGUCAGACUAGCCUGAACCGUGAUGGAAAUAUACUGUUGUGUGUCAGUGAUGAUGCCACAGUUUGGAGAUGGGAUCGAAUAAGUCGUUGACAGUAACACUCAUGAUAAAUCGAUACUCACAUUAAAGUAUAUUGGAAUGAGAUUAUCAUUUGUGAGGAUAUUUCAACAACAUCUGAAUGUGAAGUAAUAUUUAAAGAUUGGAUCAUAUAAAUCAGUUUUUAGAUACACACUGAAUUUUCCAAGAAAAGGUUUAACAUUUUGAUGAUUUUUUUCUCCUUAAAAAAUCGUUAUAUUUACCAACUUUACACAGUUCCAUAACUAUUUAAUAAUAACAGUAAAUAAUAUAAACAUAAACAUACGAUUUACCAACUCUGAGUUGGAACAUAACUUUCUAAGAAAGUAUUAUAAGAAGUAUUGGUAAUAAGUUAUUGUAAUUAAAAAGAUAGACAAGUUCUUAAUCAUACACACAUACACUAACAUGAAAUUACAGCUUAACUUUAACCUUCCAGUCCAGAAAAACCACUGAUAUGAGUCUCCUCCUCCCCUUUUAAUGGUAAAUCAAUUACUUAAAAGUACUUUUUUUUCUAUUACAGCACUUUGGUUUAAUGAUCUAUGUUACAUAAAUUAAAUUUUGUUAAAUCUGUAUUGUAGGUUUCACCAGGCAUGUAAUUACUUUUAUAUGAUGAUUAGCAUAGUCAAUUUAAUGUUGUGUUACCCUCACAGAGAACUGAGUUCAAUUUAACUAUAGGUUUCAUUAAUAUCAGCUUUACUGUUCAUUCAUUUUAUUUUAAAAUGUUUAUUAUAUAAGUACUUUAAGUCAAAAAAGUAUUUUUUUUUAUAUAUAAACAAAAUGUUAUGCUCCCUUCCACCAGUGAUUUAGAUUUUUUGUUUGUUUGUUUCUGAAUUGUGUGUUAGUUACAACUGCACUGCAAACCUAGAUAAUUGAUCACAAUUUUAAUAAUUCAUACAGAAAACAAUUAUUUUGGUUAUAUGAUGGUCAAGAGAAUGUGUUACAAGUGAUAAAUCUUAAGUUAGGUGUAACUAAGAUAUUGAAGCAGUUUAAAUGAAGUCUUGUGAGAUUUGUUACUGUGCAAAUGUAAGAAUAACUUUGCUGUACUUAUUAAUGAUGUUUUGAGGAGUGAAAAGAUAGCUAUAUAUUAAUAUGUACAUUUUAGUUUUUAUCCUGUCGUGAUGAUUUUUACCAUCAUAAGGACAGUGUCAAAAUUAAAUUCAGAAGUGAAUGAUUUAAUCUUGCAAAUAAAUCAGACUAAGAAUAUUAGAUGGUUGAUUUGUUAAAAAAAAAAAAAGGAAUAAUACAAAAAUUCUGCAUUAUGGUCAAUGAUAAGAAUAACUGAAAGAAAACUAGUCUUAAGGAAUAGUGGAGUAGUACAAAAGCUUUGUGACAUAUGGCUAUGGAUGAGAGUAGUUAAGUAAUAUAAAACCUAUAAAUACUAUGGCCUUGGAUGAAAGUAAUAGGAAAUAUUACGCUAUAGUCAUUGAUAAAAAAAUAAUAAUUGAGUAAUACAAGGCUUAUGUUAUAUAAUGAUCAUUAACCCAUUCACUGCAGUUAAUACAUUAUAUGGCCUCUAAACUUUUUAUGUUCACUGCAGCUGUUACACAUAUGGAUUCUUGCUUUUAAAAUUCCUGCAUGAUGCAUUGGAUCAUAAAUUUUUGUGGUAAUGUUUUCCAUUGACAUUCCACUAUACAUUGCCAUAUAUUGUCAAUUAUUUCUGCCUUCUUUGCAUCAGUUCCCCACAAGAUGUCAGAGUGGCCUGUGUGACAUCUUGCAGCAAGUGCCUCUGAAGCUAGGGAAAAUUCAGAUUAUUUUGUGGGUUUACUAGAUAGCAUUGACUGAUAAGUUGAUGUAGAGACCAUAUAUGUACCAGCUGCAGUGAAUGAGUUAAUAAAAAUAAAUGAGGUAAAACAAAGCCUUUAAUACAUGAUGAUCAUUGACAAAUAUAAUUGAGUUGAAAUGUUUAACAGCAAAACAAUAGAAUUUUUCUAAAGAAGUGAAAAUUGAGAUCAAACCUGUGAAUGACAUAAUAGAUGCUUUAACUUGCUAAACUACUGUAUCUCAAGUGCUGUUUUGAGUUUGCCUUUGUUCUCAGACGAACUGAAGAAACUAAAAUAUUUCAUUACUACAAGGAUAAUUACUAAGUAAUAAACAUAAGAAACUAGUAAACAAAAAGUUGUUUACAUUUUCUUUUUCACUUUUUAUUAAUUACCUUUGCUCUGUGAGGAUAUUGCGAUUGGGUCCGUGUCUAUGUUUCUGCACAAAUAUCUCAAACUAAUAGACUGAUGUACAUAACAAUUUUACACAAUAUGGGAAGUCUGAAUGAGACAGUCCUUCCCAUGUUUGGUCUGGAUCAAGAUUCUGGAUUACUUUGAAAUAUUUUUUAUAGUGGGAAGAUAGGGCAUUUUUGCAGUUUUCGGAUAACUCUGUAAAGUGUUUUCAGAUUUGUACCAAAUUUCAUGGGUACAUUGAGGUUGAGACUCUUCAUCACUCUACAAAAUAUGAUUCGGAUCAUUGAUCAUUCUUGAUCGGAGAAAGAUUUUCUGAGUUUUCGAAGGUAAAAUGUUACAUUAUCCAAUAUAAAUGCAUACAAUCUCGAAGAGGGAUGGCAGAGUGAUGGUAUACAAUCUCGAAGAGGGAUGGCAGAGUGAUGGUAUACAAUCUCGAAGAGGGAUGGCAGAGCAAUGGUAUACAAUCUGUGAUUGUUUUUGUUUUAUUUUAAACCAUCUGCUUUUUAAUUCAUGCACUUACAUAUUUGUCCAGCAAAUCAUUAUUACAGGACAUUUUCUGGUAAAAUUAAGUGUAAAUUCUGGAUCUAUAUAGCUUAAUUCAAGGUUUGCAGUAUGCAAAAAGCUACCAGUGAUUUUGUGUAAGUUGAAAAGUUAAUUAAGUGUUUAACAUUUCAGAUAAAUCACUUUAAUUUUCUUAUAAAAUUGGAAUUUUUGAAAAUGUUGAGCAUCUGUUUCUUUAGUUAUUUUUAAAAUGUAUUAGUUUUUAGACUUUUAAAGUUGUAACAGAAUUUUUGUUAUUAGGCUUACCCUUUGAUCUGAUGAACAUUUUUCUGACAAUUUCAGUAGGUCAUUUUCUAGCAAACUGAUGAUUUAACUCUGAAAAAAAUGUGAUUUUUUUUAUGUCCUGUUAUGCUUUUUAUGUAAUUGAUUACAUUUAAGGAAUUUGAAACAAUUACACACUGUAUACUAAUACUAA